AGGGGGGAUAGACGUCAAGCGUCGAUCCCCACCGUCAUAAUGACGGUAAGUUCCAAGAAAAAUACAAAUAUUAUUAGUAAUAGUGAAAAUAGUGAGGUUGAAUUAGAAAUAUGAAUCGAGGCUAAACAAUAAAAUGAAAUUUGCCGAACAUUUAUCGGCUCACAUUACGCCGGAAUGGCGCAAACAAUACAUCAAUUACGAGGAAAUGAAGCAACUUUUAUAUUCGGCGGUGGAACAGGCCCCAUCGAGCGAACACGUAGAACCCGAUGUUUUUCAAAGAUACUUCGCCAAAUUCGACGAGGAAUUCUUUCAUUACUGUGAUAAGGAAUUAGCGAAAAUAAAUACCUUCUAUUCAGAGAAAUUAGCAGAAGCAACUAGAAAAUAUGCAAGCCUACGUAGUGAAAUUAUCGAAAUUCAAAGCGAUAACAAUCAGAAAAAAUCGUCAACGAGAGGACAAAAACUUCUCCGAAAAAAAAACGUACCACUUCGUAAAUUACAAGAACUCAAACUGGCGUUUAGCGAAUUUUACUUAAGUCUUAUUCUCCUGCAAAACUAUCAAAACUUAAAUUUUACGGGAUUCCGUAAAAUAUUAAAAAAACACGAUAAGUUGUUGUCUUCGGAGGUAGGUGCAAGAUGGAGAGUGAAUCACGUGGAGAAUUCUCAUUUUUACAUGAACAAAGAUAUAGAUCGAAUAAUAAGGGAAACGGAAAGCACCGUGACCCAGUAUAUAGAGGGGGGUGAUCGUCAAAGAGCGAUGAAGAGGUUGAGGGUACCUCCACUGGGGGAAAAACAAAGCCCGUGGAUUACUUUUAAAGUUGGGCUAUUUACCGGUUCUUUUACUAUACUUUUAGUAACUGUGAUAUUAUCAGGAAUUUUCCGUCAAGGAAAAGAUGAUUGGAGAGUAGCUUGUCGUUUAUACCGAGGCCCCCUACUUAUAAUCCUUUCCAUGUUUCUUUGGGGGGUAAACAUUUACGGUUGGAGAUCAUCGGGGGUUAAUCACGUGUUAAUAUUCGAAUUGGAUCCGAGAAACCACCUCUCCGAACAACACGUGAUCGAAAUGGCAUCGAUUUUCGGCGUGGUUUGGACGUUAUCCGUUUUAAGUUUCAUCUACAGCACUGAACUUGGCAUUCCCGCUUACGUAAAUCCUUUGGUUUUAUUCGGAUUGAUGUUGGCGUUUUUGUUGAACCCGACGAAAACGUUUCGACACGCCGCAAGAUUUUGGGCGUUAAAAGUUUUGGGGAGGAUUCUUUUAGCUCCAUUUUUUUAUGUAAAUUUCGCCGAUUUUUGGAUGGCGGAUCAACUCGUUAGUUUGAUUCCACUUUUUAGCGAUAUCCAAUUUAUAAUUUGUUUUUAUAUUUCAAUUGGUGAUUGGUACACGGCUAAAGAUUGGACCGGUUGCGUGGAAAAACGGAUCUUCCUCCGGCUGUUUAUAGCAUGUUUGCCUCCGUGGUUUAGGUUUGCGCAAUGUUUGAGGAGAUACAGAGACACUCGAGAAGCGUUUCCACAUCUUGCGAACGCUGCCAAGUAUGCUACGUCUUUUUUUGUUAUGACCUUCACCACUUUAUUGAAUGUUUACUCGGAUAAUUAUCAGUCUAUGAUGGAGAAUCCCUUUUUUUAUUUUUGGAUCAGUUCGUCGCUAAUCAGCUCGUGUUACGCCUACACUUGGGAUAUCAAAUUGGAUUGGGGGUUGUUAGAUUCGAAAGCGGGUGACAAUAAAUUUUUACGAGAAGAAGUCGUCUAUUCUUCAACAUGGUUUUAUUACUUCGCAAUAAUAGAAGAUUUUAUACUACGCUUCGGCUGGGCUUUUUCAAUGUCCCUUACUGAAUUAGGCUAUGUCCAUGGAGAUCUCAUGGUGACCAUUCUUGCACCGUUAGAAAUAUUUAGGAGAUUUGUUUGGAAUUAUUUCCGAUUGGAAAAUGAACACCUUAAUAAUUGUGGAAAAUUUAGAGCUGUCAGAGAUAUUUCUGUGGCCCCGAUGGAUUGUUCGGAUCAAAUGUUGAUUAUACGGAUGAUGGAUGAGGAUGACGGAGUCAUAAACAGAAAGAAGAAAAGGAUUAAGAGAAAGCAAGAACAAAGGUUGAUGCUUGAGGGGGAAUCAACUGAUGAUGUUGAUAAUUGAUUGAUUUCGAAAGAUUGUUGUUAAUUAUUGCUUUUUAAAUGUACAAAUUAAAUUUAAUAUGAUGUUUAA